CCGCGUGUCAGUUUCAACGGCCCAUCCUUGAUUUCUGGCCCUGGAGGAACUGACCAGAUCCAAGAGGAGCUAACCGGGUCCAGGAAGAGCUGACCGGGUCUAGGAGGAGCUGAACCCUCAUCGGGACCCCCCACAUCCACCUACCCUCCACCAUGCCCGCCCCACAGUGUGCCUCCUGCGGCCAGGCCCGUGCGGCCCUGCGGCGUCCACGCUCAGGCCAAGCGCUCUGCAGUGAGUGUUUCUGCGCUGCCUUCGAGGCCGAGGUGCUACACACGGUGGAGACAGGCCGGCUGCUCCCCCGGGGUGCCGUGGUGGCCGUGGGCGCCUCGGGGGGCAAGGACUCGACGGUGCUGGCCCAUGUGCUGCGGGAGCUGGCACCGCGCCUGGGCAUCACCCUGCACCUGGUGGCCGUGGACGAGGGCAUCGGUGGCUACCGGGACGCGGCCCUGACCGCCGUGCGCCACCAGGCAGAGGUCUGGGGGCUCCCACUCACCAUCGUGGCCUACUCGGACCUCUUCGGGGGCUGGACCAUGGAUGCCGUGGCCCGCAGCACCGCAGGCACUGGUCGUAGCCGGGCCUGCUGCACCUUCUGCGGGGUCCUGAGGCGCCGGGCCCUGGAGGAAGGUGCACGCCUCGUGGGGGCCACGCACAUCGUGACUGGCCACAACGCGGACGACAUGGCCGAGACGGUGCUGAUGAACUUCUUGCGGGGCGACGCAGGACGCCUGGCCCGUGGCGGGGUGCUGGGCUCAAGGGGCGAGGGGGGCGCACUGCCCCGCUGCCGGCCCCUGCAGCUGGCCUCGCAGAAGGAGGUGGUGCUAUUCGCCCACUUUCGGCGGCUCCACUACUUCUCCGAUGAGUGCGUGUACGCCCCCGAGGCCUUCCGAGCCCACGCGCGACGCCUGCUCAAGGCCCUGGAGGCCGCGAGACCCUCGGCCGUCCUCGACCUGGUCCACUCGGCCGAGCGCCUGGCCCUGGCCCCAGCUGCGUGCCCCCCACCGCCCACCGCCUGCACCCGCUGUGGGGCCCUGGCCAGCCGCCCCCUGUGCCAGGCCUGCGCCCUCCUGGACGGCCUCAACCGUGGCCGGCCCCGCCUGGCCAUCGGCAAAGGUCGCCGGGGACUGGACGAGGAGGAACCCCAGAACCAGGCCAAGGUCCAGCCCGAACCCCAGGCCCAGAACCAGGCCCCGGCCCAGUCCCAGCCUGGCCUGGCUGCCUCCCUGGCCCAGCUCACCUUCUAG